CUCUUAAGUACGCACUUACGACAAACGCACGGUUUUAUGCGACACAGUUCCCUCUCUCGAAGCCCAAGCCGAGAAAGGUUUGAAGGAGAAGCGGAAGCAGAAACUUCUCGAAACUCCACCUAUGCUGAUGCGCAGAAAUCAGUCACAAAACCGGAGCGCGAGGAAGCGGAGAUACUACCCACAGCUGAUGUUGGAUUGGUAGAUGGAAUGAAUCUACAAGGUUUCUCGUCAGGAAGGAUCGUAAAGCCAAUAACCCCAGAAGCCUUGGCUGCAUUCAAAGCAGCCCAAGAGCGUGCAGGGGUCAUUUACAUCUCCAGGAUACCCCCUGGAAUGCAGCCUGCUAAAGUACGACAUCUUAUGAGCGCAUAUGGAGAAGUCGGCAGAGUUUAUCUUCAACAAGAAGAUGCCAAACGUGCAUAUCUAAGGCGCAAAUAUACGGCUACGAAAAAAGCACAUUUCACAGAAGGAUGGGUCGAAUUCAAAGACAAGAAGAUUGCGAGAAGCAUCGCUGAAAUGCUGAACGCACAGCCGAUCGGGGGCAAAAAGGGAACACGAUGGCGAGAUGAUGUUUGGACGAUGAGGUAUCUUCCGAAAUUCAAGUGGAACAUGUUGACCGAACAAGUCGCUCAUGAAGCGGCACUACAUGCUGCGAAGCUUCGUGUUGAACUUUCGCAAUCGAAAACAGAACAACGUGACUAUCUAAAAAACGUGGAAUUGGCUCGAGUUCUGGAGAAACGGGCGGAAAGGAAAAGAGAAAAGGGCGAAGAAAUGCAACUGAAGCCUUUACCAGAACGGAAAAAGAGACGUCUGGAAGAGGAGGCAAGUAAGAAACCGGCGCGUCAUGAAGACAAUAAGGAUAAGCAAUUAGAGACCGUACUCAGUAGCAUAUUUUGAGGUCAAUCCAAUAUAGUCAUGCUCUCUCUUACGGGACUUGC